GAACCGGCAAAAAAGAUGGAGAUAUCUCUCCCCCCCUCAAUAGAAACACUAUGUAAUAAUUUUUUAACAAACUAUGACGAUGGCUCUACAGAGAUACCUCCACAAAAACUUUCUUAUAAGAAUUGGAGAGAGAGUGAAGAGGUUCUUAAAGAUAUUUCAGUUGGAAUACUUGAGACUUU